UGGCCUGGCGCAGCGGGCCGUUUGAACGGCGGGGGCGGUGCGAGCGGUGUCGGUUGCGCGCGAGCGGUGUCGGCUGGCGCGCGGCGGGCAGGGCCGGCCGCUCGGAGCUGCUGUCAUGGCGUUCGCUUCGCUGAAGCCCCUGGAGGCGCUGAAAUACGCUGAGCUCCAGCGCAUCGCCAAGGCCGCCGGGCUGAGGGCAAACCUGCGGGCAGACAAAUUAUUGGAAUCAUUGAAGCAGCACUUUGAAAGGACAAAUGGAGUAAGUGAAAAUAUGGGUCCUGUAAAGAGUGCAUCUGCUUCUAUUAAAUCAGAUGAACUGAGCAAUCAGGAGGAAAUUUUGUCUGAUUCAGUGUGUUUCAUUACAAAAAGAAAUGGUAAGGAUAAGAAGAUAACCAGAAAAAAGAGGAACUCCCGUGAGGAAACUAAUAGCAGUGAAGAAAACCCAGUGCUUUCUGAUGAGAAACAGGUGCAUUCUGAAAUGAAAGAAAAUGAAAUGCCUCAGGGUGAGUACAAAAAACGAGAGAAGAUAUCACGAAACAAAAUGGAGAUAACUGAAGAGAGAGCUAUUGAGAAUCCAAGGAUGGGUGCUGGCCAGAAGAAACAAGCAGAGAAGACUUCUACUAAAGGCAGGGGAGAACAACGUAAUGCCCAUCCUGCAGGAGGGAAGAUCCCUGUACAUGUGGGCCGUGCAUCGAGGUCUGCAAGAGUGACAGCUACGACACCAAACUUUAAAAAGUUGCAUGAGGCUCAGUUCAAGAAAAUGGAAUCUAUUGCUGACUACAUUGAGAGGAAAAAAAAACUGAACGAAAGUUGCAGUACAGUCAAGAAACAAGCCAGUGGCAAAAGAUUUUUAUUCAGCCCAAAUCCAGAAAGAGGCAGGUUCUCCACCACCAGCACUCCUUGUAACCUGCGGCGCUCACCACGCAAUUCUCUGAACGCUGCUAAUCGGAGCAUUUUAUCCCAGAAGUCUUCAUUUCGUCCUUCUGUACUUUCAACAUCCAAAAUGAAUGUCAGAUUCUCAGAAGCCACAAAAGAUAAUGAGCACAAACGCUCUCUUCUCAAGACUCCAUCUAGAAUGUCUCCAUACAUGGAGGAGAUCUGCACACCUGACACUCAAAAGAGCUGCAAACUAAUAAGUCAGAAGAACAGUAAGGGAAAUGCAAAAAAUAAUGAUCUGACUGCAUCAAAGGUUCUUACCCCCUUCAAGUUUGGAGUUCAACCUGCAGAACCCACAAGUGGAAAGAAGACAUUUGAUCUCAAAGCAAGCCUCUCGCGGCCACUUCGGUAUCAGCCACACAAAGGACGACUGAAACCGUGGGGAGAAUUUAAAGAAAAUGCUGUUCCCGGUAGGUCUGGUGGUGUCUGUUCACAUAGGAAAGAUUACAAACAGCCACAUCUCCAGACAAGGGACGAAAGGCGCGAGACACUUGAGCAAGAGAGAAAAAAGAAAAAGGCUCAUGCUCUUGGCAAACGUAGAGGCCUAUCUGGGUGUUAGAACAAACAAGGAUCUAAGACUUCACUGUAAAUACUGUUCCUCUUGUGAAAAAUGCCAAUCACUUGUUUUUAAAAAUUUAAAAAGUUUAAUAGCAAUAAAAUGGUAAUAAAAAUAGUAAUAUAAUUAGAGUAAUAGAAUUUGAACAAUUGAGAUUAGAACGUAUGGACAC